AUGGAGAAGUUACGCGGCCGAAUCGUGUACCGCUCGCCAGAAACUGAAGAAGCGAUAUGGGCUGAGCCCAAACGCUUGUUGGAGGUGCACAUCCCUGCACGAUGUGAGGACAAGAACGUCGAACGCCAAUUAAGCAGCAAAGAGGGGAGAUAA